ACGCCACAACAAACUGUGACGACACGAGAAGUAGUUCGGGUCUAGCAACAGCUCUUCCUCUACCCUACAAGACAAGAGAAUGCGUCCCUCCGUGCUGUGUGCGUUGGUGAUGGUGGCCGUGAUGGCUCCUUACCUCCCUCAGUGCCACGCCCAGGGUUGGGAGCUACUGUUGCCAGCCUUCGUGGACAAGCUAUCAGGGUUGUGGAGGAACGGAGAAAUGGAGCUCCUCGGUCAGUACUUGUGCAGCUACACUGUCAGGCCCCAUCUUCGCUCUUUGGAACUUUACUUCAAGGGAAAAAUGGCAUGCCCUGAGUGGACCGCCAUCAUAGGCGAAGCCGAGACCAGAAGCCGGUCGAAGGUGCUUAACAAGACGACUGAGGACUUCCUAAGAAAGGCGCUCGCAGCUGGCAUCAUCACCGAAGAGGAUCUCAAUACCUGGCUUAGUCACUAACCCCUGAGAACACGCUCUAGCUCCUCGUAGACCUUCACCUCUCCUCACCUCUCAAGAAACGUACCUGUAACACACACACACACACACACACACACACACACACACACACACACACACACACCAGUUGGGAGUCUGGAGCCAAGUACUUCCCAUCGCUGGGCUCCUUAGCUAUCACAAUGUACCAACAUUACUCACAAUCAACAUUAAGUUGUGAGGAUGCGUUACCCCCAGAGCUCAAGAGCCAAUCUUCACAUUUGUUUGUACAUAUACUGUAUUAUGUUAGACUUGUUUUACUGAUUAUUCUGCUGUGAAUGUUUCCUUGUGUUUGUGUUUUAAGAGAAAAGCUUUCGAAUAAAAGGACUUUAUCGAAGGACUCUCUACA